UUUAAUUGUCUAAAAGGAUUGUCUUCCGACUUCCAGUUUCAAUUGGGACGGGCAGGUGCGGCUUAGCUUGGCUGCCGCCGGCGUCUCAACUCAUCCAUUACUUCUACUAACCUUCCACUUCCAAAUUGUUUGUCUUUGAACUUUGAACUUUACUUCCAAAUCAGGGUUUCAGUUUGUUAAAUCCCUAAUCAUACCUUCAAAACUCGUGUAAAUAAUCCCGAAAAUCACUUCCAUUUUCCUUUCGUCGUUUUGACCCUCCAACUUUUUUUUCCCCCAGCUGCUUCAUCUCGUCCUCUCCGCAUGGUUCAGUUUCCGGUUCUUCAUGAGGAGUGCAUUUUCAAUUAUAAGUUUCUGCUCCAAGCUCAACUUUAGAAGAAAAACACCAUGUAGAUAUUCUGCAACAGCCAAUUCUGAAUUGUCUUCUUUCAACCAUAUGGAUGAGGACUGCACAAACUAUGAUGUUAACUCUGAUGAACGAAGUUAUGUUGGCAAUGAAGUUGAAGUUUCUAAAGGUCAAAAAACUGAUGAGGAUGAAAUGGAAACGAUAAAAUUGAUACUUGGGAACCGUGGGUUUAAUCUUGGUUCGUGUCCGAAACAAUUGGAGAUCAUAAGGAUUUUGGACGUUUUAUUUGAGGAUAGUUCAGAUGCCGGACUUUGUCUUUACUACUUCAAAUGGUCAGGAUGUUUAUCUGGAUCUAAUCAGUCGCUGGAGUCAAUUUGUAGGAUGGCACAUAUUUUGGUUGCUGGGAAUAUGAAUCAUAGGGCAGUUGAUUUAAUAUCACACCUUGUUAAAAACUAUGGUUGUACAGAGGGAUCUUCAAGCAUAUUGUUGAAAGUUUUCUGUGAAACGCAUAAUGGAAGGAAAACUUUGGAAACCACAUGCAGCAUGAUGGUUAACUGUUAUAUCAAGGAAAGAAUGGUAACCUCUGCUCUUAUCUUGAUUGAUCAAAUGAAGCACCUUAACAUAUUUCCUUCUAUAUGGGUAUACAAGUCGGUGAUAAAAGCUUUAUUACAAACCAAUCAGUCAGGCAUGGCCUGGGAUCUUCUAGAAGAAAUGCACCGGCAAGGUGUAAGUUUAAAUUAUUCAAUUAAUUUAUUUAUUCAUCAUUAUUGUUCAGAAGGUAAUCUGGGCAAGGGAUGGAAAGUGCUUUUGGAGUUGAGGAAUUUUGGAUCUAAGCCAGAUGUAGUUGAUUACACAACUGUGAUCAACUCACUUUGCAAAGUCUCUCUGUUAAAAGAAGCCACCGCCCUGUUGUUUAAAAUGAUUACUUUUGGUGUCUCUCCUGAUUUAGUUACAAUGAGUUCUAUUAUUGAUGGUCAUUGUAAAGUAGGAAAGUCAGAUAUAGCUUGUAAAAUACUAAAGUACUUUAGGCUUCCCCUAAAUAUUUUCAUAUACAAUAGCUUUAUAACAAAGUUAUCUACGGAAGGAGACAUGGUAAAAGCUUCAAAAGUUUUUCUUGAAAUGACUGAGGUGGGCUUAGUUCCAGAUUGUAUUAGUUACACAACCAUGAUAGGAGGUUAUUGUAAAGUGGGAAACAUAAACAUAGCAUUUUCUUACCUGAGCAAGAUGUUAAAAAGUGGGAUACAACCAUCUGUUAUUACGUAUACUUUGUUCCUUGAUUACUUUUGUGAGUGUAGAGAUGUGGAAAUGGCUGAAGUUAUGUUUGAAAAGAUGAUUGUUGAGGGUUUAAAACCUGACGUUGUCGUGUAUAAUAUAUUGAUGGAUGCAUAUGGAAAGAAGGGCUACAUGCACAAGGCUUUUAAACUCCUUGAUAUGAUGAGAUCUACAAAUGUUACUCCUGACGUUGUGACGUAUAACACUCUCAUUAAUGGUCUUGUUAUGCGAGGGUUUCUUCAAGAAGCAAAGGAUAUUCUAGAUGAGCUCAUCAGGAGGGGUUUCAGUGUAGAUGUUGUCACAUACACUAAUAUCAUACAUGGAUAUUCCACAAGGGGAAACUUUGAGGAAGCUUUUCUUCUUUGGUAUCAUAUGGCUGAGAACUGUGUAACGCCUGAUGUUGUUACUUGCAGUGCUCUUCUUAGUGGGUAUUGCCGAGAAAAGCGUAUGGAUGAAGCAAAUGCACUAUUUUGUAAAAUGCUGGACAUUGGGUUAAAACCAGACUUGAUAUUGUACAAUACUCUAAUCCAUGGAUUUUGCAGUGUUGGUAAUGUAGAUGAAGGUUGCAAUCUGGUAAAGAAGAUGAUUGAAAGCAGCAUCAUUCCAAACAAUGUUACUCAUCGUGCACUUGUCCUUGGAUUUCAGAAAAAGAGAGUUACGGAUCCAAUACAGAGUGCCACUUCUAAACUCCAAGAAAUCUUGAUUGCAUAUGAUCUUCAGAUUGAUGCCAUUGGAUAUAUCUAAUGUUGGACAAACAAGAUGAUCGCACCAUUCUGCUUCUGCAUGUGAUAAACUUCUCAUAUGCAUGCUGGGUUCUGUUAUAUGUAUUUAAAAUGGCCUAGCUCAUAAUCCUGAAGAGGAAAGAAGCUAAAUCAGAAAAUGGCACUUUGCUCUUCUGUAUCAACUCUAUCUUCCAAGCCAGCCCCUGAAAUCAUACUCAAAUAUUUUGAAUCGAUGGUUUCGGGAAAAAUAUCAAAGUCUCCGGCUCCGAGUUGCUUGGAAAAUUUGAUGAGAAGAAGCAACGCAAGGAGGCUGAAUCUGGCAAGGUUUUCUGAGAUUGAAUCAGAAUGCCAAGAUACAAGGAAGCCAUGCCUACUCCAUCUUCUGAAUUGGAAACGUUGAGAUACCGUUUGGGCAGCAUGGGCGAUCCUACUGACGAGGACGAACAAAAAUGACCAUUUGCCCUUCUGAACUGUUAAGUCUAGAAGCGGAUUAUCGUUUUGAUCUGGAGGAUCAGCAUCACAACAUUGGAGAAAAGGCAUUGAGGAUUCCAGUGUUGUCUUAUCUAAAAGUUAAUUUUUAUUUUAGUUCUAACCACCAUGGGUUAGCCUAGUGGCUAUUGAGAGUUACCUAUUGGCUUAUAGAAAAUAAAUUUUCGUCAGAGUGAUCACUCAGAAUUUAAUAUCUUGUUACUUUCACAAGUAAAUGUAAUAAGUUCAAGUAGUUUUCUCCAUGUAAUAGUUGAGAUACGAACAAAUUGAACGAUGCCCAAAGAUGUAAAAUAAUAAUAAAUUUGACCUAAGUUUAUGAUAGGGGUUGUCUUCAUUUUAAUUGGAUCAAGAACUCUCGAACCAGAAAAUUAAAUAGCUGGAAGAGAGUUGUCGAGUUGUAUCUCUUUAGCUUUUUCAUGUUGAACUUGUGAGAUGACUUACAUAA